AAGGGCACAACUAAUGAACAGUAGCGAAAUUCCUCAAUCAAAUCUCACGAGGGGCUCGUGGGCGUGAAAACAUAAGCAAAUACUCCAUACUUGUGUUUUUGGACUCUAAACUACUGAAAAUUCUACCAUUACCAAACACUCGCACCUCGCUCUCGCAACCUCCUCCUCAAUUGUCACACACUCACUUUGAAGUAUAAGCCAAACAAUUAUUGACCCACAUAUCAAAAGUCAAGAAGCUCAACGACAAUAUGGAAAUAGUUGCAUCAGCUCCUGGGAAAGUUUUGAUGACUGGGGGUUAUCUUGUUUUGGAGAGACCAAAUGCCGGACUUGUGCUGAGUACUAAUGCUCGAUUCUAUGCUAUAGUCAAGCCAUUUCACGACGAUGUCACAUCUGGAAGUUGGGCAUGGUCAUGGAUGGAUGUGAAGCUAACAUCUCCACAGCUUGGAAGGGAAACCGCGUAUAAAUUGUCUGUGAAGAACUUCACUCUUCAAAGUGUUUCAUCAAGUGAUGCAAGAAACCCUUUUGUGGAACAAGCUGUGCAGUACGUUAUAGCAGCUGCCCAUGCUAAAUUUGACCAGGAUAAGAAGGAUAUAUUGCAGAAACGCCUUUUGCAAGGUCUUGAUAUCACAAUUAUGGGUGCGAAUGCAUUUUAUUCAUAUCGGGAUCAGUUAGAAGCUCAUGGACUGCCUCUCACACCAGAUUCAUUGGCUCAACUCCCUCCUUUCUCUUCGAUUACCUUUAAUUCAGACAAUGCAAAUGCCGCACAUUGCAAACCUGAAGUUGCUAAAACCGGGUUGGGUUCAUCUGCCGCAAUGACAACAGCAGUGGUUGCUGCUCUACUUCAGUAUCUUGGUGUUGUUAAUCUUUCAGAGUCAGCCAAAGGUCAUCAUCAAGACUGUAAUAGUGUUGCUGAUCUUGAUCUAGUUCACAUGAUAGCUCAAACUUCUCAUUGCAUUGCCCAAGGGAAAGUUGGCAGCGGUUUUGAUGUUAGUUGUGCAGUUUAUGGCAGUCAACGUUAUGUCCGCUUCUCGCCAGAAGUUCUGUCAUCUGCUCAGGUUGCAGGGACAAGGGCACUACUUCAGGAAGUCGUUGUUGAUGUGAUGGAAGGAAAGUGGGAUCAUGAGAUGGAUAGGUUUGCGUUGCCACCACGAAUGACUCUUCUACUUGGAGAGCCAGGAAGUGGUGGAUCAUCCACACCAUCAAUGGUUGGCGCUGUUAAGAAGUGGCAAAAAUCUGAACCUGAAAAGUCUGUGUACACAUUCACAAAAUUGUCGGAAGCAAAUUCAAUGCUUGAGAAGCAAUUAAUCAAGCUGAGGAAACUAGCAGAAGAACAAGGCAUGGCAUAUGACAGCAUCAUUGACAGAUGCUGCAGGCAUAAAUCAGAAAAGUGGACGGAACAAUCAAUUACACCAAGUGAGCAAGCUGUUGUUGAAGCACUACUAGGAGCUCGAAACGCAAUGCUGGACAUCAGAGGCCAUAUGCGCCGGAUGGGAGAUGCUGCUGGUGUCCCGAUAGAACCAGAUUCACAAACUCGGCUUUUGGAUGCUACCAUGGAUAUGGAAGGGGUCUUAUUGGCUGGAAUUCCUGGAGCUGGUGGCUUUGAUGCAGUCUUUGCAAUAAUUUUAGGUGAUUCAAGCAGCCAAAUUGCUACAGCAUGGAGCUCUCUUAAUGUUUUGGCUCUUCCGGUAAGGGAAGAUCCUCAUGGUGUGAGUUUAGAAAUCGGUGAUCCACGUUUGCAGGAGAUCACAUCAGGCAUUUCUUCAGCAAAUAUCAACUAAUUCCUUUCCUUGGCUUCAGCCGUCUCUUUGCAUGUGGGGAGCUCUUUUUACAUGAUUUGUAUUUGGCAGGCUUCAUUGAUAAGUUAGGGGUAGCUUCUUGAAUUUUAUGUGUCUUAAUUAUUUUUUUCCCCCAAUAAAUGAUAAAUUUGUUGAGAUUUUUUAUCAAUGCAAUAAGAAGGUUUGGAGAUCGAACCAUUACUCGAUCAAUUGAAUGUAUUGAGCUGUAAGCUAAACCUUGGAUAGGAAGUAUCCUACGCUUUAGCUCAGACGAUUUGGGAUCGGUUUUUCUUUACACUUAGAAUCUGGAGAUAGAAUAAGUAAACUUUAAACCUUAUUUGGAGGUAUAUAUGUAAGAGAAAAUAUGUAAUGUGAAAUCUUGUUAGAUUCAUACUAAUGUGUUGUUUUAAGUAAA